UGAGAAAGGAUUGAUUUUGUUUGAAGAUAAAUGUAAAUGUAAAUCAUAUUGAAAAUGGUUAGGAAUUGAAUUGAUUUAGAGUUGUUGGAUUAAGAAAGAUGAAGAAACAAAGUUUUACUCAGGCUUCAGUUUUAGUUGAUAUACCGAGUUAAAUCUUGUUUAUUAUUGUUAUGGUUUCUUGGUGGUUCCCAGUUUUUCCAGCAGAUUAAUCAGUGUUUAUCUGUAUUGUGUGUUUCAAUUAAUCAACAAAUCACACUGUAAAGGUUUCAUUUUUGGGGCAAGAACAAGAAAAAAAACGAAAAACAGAUUUAACAGUUCACUAUUUGCUAACAAUCAAUCCUAAUGAAAGUACAAAAAAAUAAGUUAAAGGUAAUGUGUGAGUUUGUCUGACAGAUUUAUCAGCAUACAACAACUAUUUACUUGAUCAUUUCAACUUUUGAUAGUUAAGGUGGUGUUUGGAUUGAUGAUCAAGAUCAAGGAUAAUACAUUGGGAUCCAACAAUCAGCCAAAUUGUUUCACUCCUGUUUAUAUUUUCAAUCUUUUCCCAUUUUCUUGAUCACAUCUUCAUUUUGUUUUGUGUCUUUGUAAUUUUCACCAUUAAUCACCUUUAAAUUGCCAUCGAAUCUUGAUUUUUGUUUCUUGAUUCCAACAAAUUUCGUCCGAUUGGCUUAGAUUAUAAUUAAUUGCUCAACGAUGGGAACCCGAGAAAGUAAAAUGAUGUCCUCUUCAAUCAGUGGUCUUGCUGCAAGUUCAUCCACUUUAACAGCGUCUGCAUCACGCUUAGCCAAUGAUCGACUUGCUCCGUCCACUAAAUCGAUCUAUUAUUGUGACCAUGAUAAAGGAGCCAUUUGGAGUGAUUUACUAACUACUGACCUAUUAGAGUAUAUCCCCGAUCACUGGUCACAGUUUGAGCCACCUUCUUCCUGUACCAAUCUACUUCUUGCCAUACUUUACUUUUUAAUAUUUGUUUUUGGCUGUGGAGGCAACGGAUUGGUUAUUGUCCUUUAUCUUAAAAACAAAAAACUCCGAAGUCCAUCCAAUUUAUUAUUGUUUAAUUUGGCAAUUGCUGACUUCUUUAUGAUCUUUAAAACUCCUGUUUUUAUUUAUAAUUCAGUUAAAUGUGGACCUGCUCUUGGUUCAUUAGGUUGCGAUGUUUAUGGUUUUCUUGGUGGAUUAACUGGUUGUGGAGCCAUUUUCUCGGUUGCGAUUGCUUCUAUAGAUAGAUACAAUGUCAUCUCAAAUCCUUUGAAUCCACGUCGACUAACAACAGUUACAUCAACAUUGGCUGUACUCUUUAUCUGGGCCUAUUCAGCCUUCUUUGCGACUUUACCAUUGCUCCAAAUUUUUAAUCGUUACACCUAUGAAGGAUUCUUGACCAGUUGUACGGUUGACUAUUUGGCUGAGGAAACGUCCGUUCGUGCUUUUGUCUUUUGUUACUUUGCCGCUGCUUGGUGUGUCCCAGUAACCAUUAUUGUUUGCUCCUACUAUGGUAUUUAUAAAGCUGUUGGUGCCUCAGAGAAGUCUUUAAGAAAGAUUGAAGAUACCACCGGUGGGACAUCAGGAAAGGACAAGGGCAAAAACAGUCAAAAGGAAGAAAUUAAAAUUGCCAAAACAGCAGCUGUCCUCAUCUCUCUGUGGCUCGUCUCUUGGACACCUUAUGCAGCCAUUGCUUUAACUGGUGCAACUGGAAAUGGUGCUCUUCUCAAUCCAGGUUGGUCCAUGAUCCCAGCCUUAACCGCUAAAAUAGCUGCCACAGUGGAUCCAUUUGUUUACUCCUUGUCUCACCCAAAAUUCAAGAAAGAAAUUGAAGCCAUGUUCGGUUCUAAAUCACAAGGUAAAGGUGCAGCAAACAAGGCACCAGCCGAUGAUACUGCUACAGUCGACACUAAAUACUAAUCAGAUAAUGUCACCAGUAUAAUGUAUCAUAACUGAACUGUUUUGCUGAAUUAUGGUUUACUCUUUCGUUUCUCAUCAUUUAUCUCAUUCACACUCUUUUACUGCUCGCAAACUGUGAAAACAUGAGUAUAUUCAUGAUUUAUUUAUUGAUAAUUUCAGUGUUUUAGCAAUAAUCCUAGUAUUGACAUUCAAUCAUCUCAUCAGUAAACCUUUAUUUACUAUUUACACCUGAAAUAACUGAACUAGUUGGCUGUUAAUUUAGACCAAUUUAGAUUUUUUUUAAUUUCAGUGAUUGAUUGAAGAGUUUCAACUGUUAGUACAUGGAAAAUUAUUAUAAAAAAAUUUGACUUUCUCAUAAUAAAUUAAAGCUGGAUUCGCUCGAGAGUUAUGAUAAGCGCAUUUAGCGAUCAGCCAUUUGGCCUUCAAUGGUUCAUUAGUUCAAGAUGCUGAUAUUUAUGUACAAUUGAUUCAAUAUUUUAUUUUGAUCUUCAUUGAGCAAUUUGUUUUAAUCCAUCCUAAUCUCAUUGAAAUGAACUGAAAUAGCAAUAAUUGUUUCUCAAUUAGAUCUUGUAUGGAUUAUCAGCUAAUCUGUUUAACCAAACAUUUUAAGUUAUUAAUAAACUCAAUUAAAUCUUAA